AUGGAUUUUGAAGAAUAAGAAGAUGAAUAGAUGAAUGAUAAUUUAUUUAAUGUAUAAAAAGAAGAGGAUUUGAAAAUUGAAUAUUAAUAAUUGUAAUAGAAUGACUAUGAAAAUAAGACAGGUUCAAAAUUAUUGCAAAAAAAUAAAGAAUAUUAGAAAUCAUUAUUAUAAUAUAAAUAAUAUNUUAUUAAUUCAAAAAGAAUUACAGAAAUUUUUAAAAAAGCUAAUUUGGGUAUACCAAUAAUACCCUAAGUUGGGAAUCAUGAAAUGUUUCCAGUUGAUCAAUAUGAUUACAUGACUGAAAAAGAUAGCAAUUUGAGAGUUGAAUUUUCAAAUAUGUGGAGAGAUUGGCUUGGAGAUGAAACUGCAGAGUUUUUUAAAAAGAAUGGAUUUUAUGCAAAAGAAUUUGAUAAUCUUAAGGUUAUUGCAUUUGAUUCACAAAUUUGUAAUCCUGAUAAUUGGUAUCUACUUAAAGAUCCUACUGAUCCUACUGGAUUCUUAGAAUGGGCAGAAUAAGAAUUGAAAGACUCCGAAUUAAAAGAUCAAGCUGUGUAUUUUACUGCUCAUAUUUUCACUUAAGAAUGUAUGGUGCCUUGGGCUAGAAGAUUUAAUGCAUUAGUUGAAAGAUAUGCUUACAUAGUUAGAGGAUAAAUAUAUGGACAUGCUCAUGGAGAAUUUUAUAAUUUAUACAAAGAUCAAAAUGGAAAACCAAUGAAUAUUGCUUAUAUUAGUUCUUCAUUAACUACUUAUAAUAAUAAAUUACCAAGCUUUAGGAAGUUUAUUGUAGAUGCAAAAACGAUGAUUCCCUUGAAUUAUUAUGAAUAUCGUUUAAAUUUGGAUAAAUACAAUUAUAUUGGUAAGGAUGCUAUUUUAAAAUGGGAUAUUGCAUUUGAUUUUCUUUCAGAAUAUGGAGUAACAAGAAUGUAUCCAUCUGAUUUAUAUGCGAUCACAGAAAGAUUAUUUACAGAACCUGAAUUAGUCAAAAAAUUUGAUUUCAAUUAGAAUUCAGGCACUGGACUUAGUGGAGAUACUGUAUUAGUUUUAUGUAUAUUUAGGCUUAAUACUUAUAUUGUUUAUUAAAUAAUAGUAUUAAAGAUGAUUUAAAAGUUUGUAAAGGCGAAACUCUUACAAAAGAUUGGACUUAAUAUAUUUCACCAGGAUGGAGAAAGAGAAUUGAUACUUCUGGAGAGAAAGAAGAGAAGAAAUAGAAAAAAUAAUAGAAAAAAUAAAAGAAAUAGAAAAAAUGA